UGAGUGUGGUUGUGUGUGUGUGUGUGCGUGUGGAAAGAGAGAGAGGUGUUUUGAAAAAUUAGAGCCAUAUAGGAAAAAAAUAUAUAUAUGUUUUCCAUACCAUAAUAUUUUCUAAGCUCGGUCAUCAUAACAAUUAUCUCAUAUAGGACUUGACCAUAUUAAACCAAUCAGACACCACCUUGUUAAUUACAACCUGAUUACAUGUUUUAAUUACGUUACUGAUGAUGUGGCUCAAUUAGAGGAGAGAUAAGAUAAUAACCUGCUAUGACGAGCAUAAAGAUUUGCAAUUAAAUUAUUUUAAAUAUCCAUUUUUUUUAUCGUUAAGUGACUAUACUGACAUUUUUUUGCAUGCAGAAAACAAUACAAAAUAGUACAAAAUAUGUUGUAAUUUUCUCACUAAGUUUAGUCAUUUAUUUCUGGUAUUUUUCCACAAGUUUCUUCAACAUUAAUAAAAAAUCGUCACAUGCAACAAAGGAGGAGAAAUUGCAGGCGAUGAUGUGAAACAUUUGCUAUAUAGGAUAUAGAUUUAAAUAAUAAUCUGAACAGUUGUCAAUCAUUUUAGAUUAUUUUAGUUUUAAUUGUAUUUUUUUUUUUUUUUACCGUAGGUGUUAUAAUAAAAAAUAAUUUUAAGAUAAUAACUUAUAUUGUGCCCUCUGUGUUGUGGAGCUGUCCAUGGUAUUCAUGAGAGAUUAUUUGGCACAAGCGGAAAUCUAUUUCCAAUAUUCAGCAAUAAAAUAUUUUUCAGGGGUGCAAUAAAUCGGAAUAAAAAAAAAAAACAGUGUGAACUUCAUAUGAAGACGUGGUGGUGGUAACAAGGUGUUGGUGGUAAAGAAGUAGUCAUUUUGAAAUAAAAUGCCUUGUCGCACACUGCCCAUGCGCAGAGUCCCCAGCGGCGGAGCAGUGUGGCUAAUGAAGAAUAAUAAAUCAUGAAAGGGUUUUUCAGGUACAGCUGGAGAGAGUGUGUGUGUGUGUGAGAGAGAGACUACAGAGCUGUAGAGAGAGAGAGAAAGGAUGUGUGUGUGCAUGUGUGUGUGAGAGAGAGAGAGUGAGAGAGAGAGAGAGAGAGAGAGAGAGAGAGAGAGAGAGAGAGAGGAAGAGGAGGAGAGAGACUCAGUCUGCCCUUCGCUUCAGAGCUGAGGCAGUUCGUGUCCCCGCAGCAUUCAACCUAGUCGAAGAGGUGUAACAGCACAGAGACUGUCACCGACAUUACUUCUCACUUACGGUCAUUUUCAGGACGGAAACUUUUCACAAAAAAAACCCAAAGCAGGUCAACAACAACGAAAGAAAGCGACUUGAAGUAUUUUGGAAAAUCCUAGGAGAACGGAAAAGAAACUUUUUUUUGUUUUCCUUUUUUUUUCCUCUCUCUUCUCUGGCGUCGUCUAUGAGGAGUUCUGUUGGUGCCACCAACCAACAAAAAAAAAAAUCCAAGGCAAAAAAAAAAAUUCUAUAAUACAAGGUGGAGCAGGAGAAUUGUUUUUUUUUUUUUUUUUUUUUUUUUUAAACAAUUGCUCCACAACAGGAAAAAAAAACCAGGUAUACUAGCUGCUCUCAGUUGCGCAUGGCUCGUCGGUGCCUCUCAUAAUAAUAAAUAGAUGUGAUAACUCCACUGUUGGACCGUCUUCUUCUUUUCUGACUACACUUUUUAUUCGACAGUGACUUGAGAUUCCUUCGAAGCAGCUGAAGCAAUUGGGCUUCUUCAAAACUCACCGAACCGAGGAGGGCGGAGUCUUAACUUAUUUAAAAGGAACUUGCCUCGGCUCGAAACGCCCGCAAAUAUGAUGAUGAUGUCUCUGAACAGCAAGCAGCCUUUCGCUAUGGCUCACGCCAGCUUGCCCGAGCCCAAGUACUCGUUGCACUCCUCGUCGUCCAACUCCAACAACGCGCCGUCGUCCUCGUGCUCGUCCUCCCGACACAGCAACACCAUCAGCAGCAGCUCGGAGGCGAUGCGCAGAGCCUGUCUCCCAACCCCACCGAGCAAUAUAUUCGGAGGCUUGGAUGAGAGUUUGUUGGCCCGAGCUGAAGCUCUAGCUGCGGUGGAUAUAGCCUCGCAGACCAAGAGCCACCACCACCCUCCACACCACAGCCCCUUCAAGCCGGACGCCACCUACCACACCAUGAACACUCUGCCCUGCACCUCGUCUUCCUCCUCCUCUUCCGCGCAGCCUAUCUCUCAUUCCUCCGCAUUAUCCGGCCACCACCAUCACCACCACCAUCACCACCACCACCAGCCGCACCAGACGCUGGAGAGCGACCUGCUGGACCACAUCACUCCGGGUCUGGCACUAGGAGCCAUGGCGGGCCCGGAUGGCUCCGCGGCCGCACACCCUGCACACAUGGCCGGCAUGAACCACAUGCACCAGGCGGCCAUCAACAUGGCUCAUGCACACGGGCUGCAGCAGCACAUGGGCAUGAGCGACGUGGACGCAGAUCCCAGGGACUUGGAAGCGUUUGCAGAGAGGUUUAAGCAGAGACGGAUCAAAUUGGGUGUCACCCAGGCGGAUGUAGGGUCAGCUUUAGCCAGCCUCAAGAUCCCCGGUGUGGGCUCCCUCAGCCAGAGCACCAUCUGCAGAUUUGAAUCCCUCACUCUCUCUCACAACAACAUGAUCGCCUUGAAGCCCAUCCUGCAAGCGUGGCUGGAGGAAGCGGAGAAAUCGCACAGGGAGAAACUUAAUAAACCCGAGUUGUUCAACGGCGCGGAGAAAAAGAGGAAGCGCACGUCGAUAGCCGCGCCGGAGAAGAGGUCACUGGAGGCCUAUUUUGCCAUUCAGCCUCGUCCAUCCUCGGAGAAAAUCGCAGCCAUCGCAGAGAAGCUGGAUCUGAAAAAGAACGUGGUGCGCGUCUGGUUUUGCAAUCAGAGGCAGAAACAGAAACGAAUGAAAUACUCUGCAUGCGUCUAAAAACAAAACAAAAACUACACCCAAAAAGACUUGGAGACAAUUUGUAUCAUAUUUCCUAUCUCACACACCUUUUUUUUCCAAUCAUCGAUGACUUUGAACUUCGAAAUAUUCCUUAAAAAAAAAAUGGACUGAAAAAGAAACUCCCCCAUGCACACAAGUCACACAAGUCUUUUGACUCAAGCUGAGAAGGAGAGAUGUUGGAGGAGUCCAGUAAAGAAAGCAUCGUUUGACAGACAGAGCAAGUAAGAGACCACAUGUUUCCACACUUCACCUUUCUAAUGUCAACGCAGCAGCAGGACUCUAUAUAAGCUUUCAUUUGUAUUCAUGAUUUCAAAAAUGAGGACUUUAUAUAGUUUGCAGAAAAACACCCCCAAUGAAAAUAGCAUUAUUUAAACUCAAAGCACUUCUUGGUUGGUGUUUAUAUUUUUGGCUUAUAUAGGAUAAGCUAUUUUUUUUCCACACUUCACCUUUCUAAUGUCAACGCAGCAGCAGGACUCUGUAUAAUAAGCUUUCAUUUGUAUUCAUGAUUUCAAAAAUGAGGAUUAUAUAUAGUUUGCAGAAAACACCCCCAAACGAAAAAAUAGCAUUAUUUACACUCAAAGCACUUCUUGGUUGGUGUUUUUAUAUUUUUGGCUUAUAUAGGAUAAGCUAUUUUUUUUUUCCUCCGAGUUUAUAUAACGAUGCAGUCAAGACAUUUUAUUCAGGGUCCAUGAGGAGGAUUAAGAGGAUAACAACACUAUUAUCUUGGAAAGCUAAUAUUAAUAUUACUGCCAAAUAAUCCCUCUGUAAAUUAAUAAUUUACUUGUCACACACUUCAUUUUGUGUCUAAAUGUGUAAUUAAUUCCACUUAUUUUGUUAUACAUGUGCAAGUGAAAGGGAUCUGUUUUCAAGAUGCCCAAGGGUUUGGAUUAAGGUAGGGUUGUUUAUUAUUAUUAUUAUGAUUAUUAUUAUUAUGAUUAUUAUUAGGCCUCAGUAUAUGUGGAAAUAUCGAAAUAGUGACUCACGUGUAAGGAUUUCAUAGAAUGAAAUGAAAUGAAAAAAAUAUGAUUUCUUGCCCGGCUGCAAUAAGUUUACAAUCCAGCGUGGGCCGGUGUCUUAUGAACUAUUUAUUGAGUGAGGUCAUGUUUACUUCAUUAUAUAUUUAUUGGGAUUCCCCCCACCACCUCCUCGGUUUGCUUGAGAAAAUCAAAUCCUGACAGCAAGUUAAGAAACGUGUUGUUCUGGUUUUAAAAGGGAAACGACUGUGGAAUAGAACAGUCACAAAUUUAUUUCUAAAUUCUAAAUUCUACAUUCUAAAUUCUAACAUUUGAGAUGGUACAAUCGAGAUAUAUAUGAGAUAGUAUUCUCUUUUUAAAAAUGAUUUUAUGUAUGUUUUCUGCUAUUUAUUUGUAUAAAUAUACGCGCAUCAUUAUGAAGUCGUUGCUUGUUAAAAAAAAUCACCUUGUUUAAGUAAUGUUUUUUCUUGAAGACAAAAAUGAAAAACAGCUUCAUGGAAGUAUACGUGUAUACAAUGUAAAUAUUUCAUUGGAACCAGUCGAUGCACAUAAAUAUAUCCGUACAGGUUUUUGCUGUAUUGCUGUUUUAGCUGAGGUAACUUAUUUCUGUAAUGUAUGUUGCUUUUUUGGGUUCCUGGUUAAAAUUAUUCUAUUAAUUUAUUAUACAUCCAUGUAAUUUUAAUUUAUUUAAUUAUUGAACUGCAAUAUGUGUUUCAUUAAAGAACAAACUUUAACAUU